UAAAUUCGAUUCAUUUCUUUUGGAGUGCCGUCCCUCCCUCCGUCAGUCUGACGUGCAAGCUUCCCGGUUAGGGUGAGGGUAGAGUCCAUUGUCAGUUUUCUUGUACCCUAGCCUCACUUGGAAGAAGGUCGCGUGACUAAAUUCUGCUGCUCACGCAUUUUUUCGGACAAGGGCUAUCAUGGCCCUCCGUGUCGUGAAAAGUGGGUCCAUCGCACCGCUUACCGAGUCUACUAAUGUAGCGGGAGCCGCGGUAGACUCAAAUUCCGCUAUGGUUAUGCAAAUUGCAAAAUCGACCUUCACGCCUGGAAGCGUAGCAAUCAGCAGGCGGGAUCCUUACAGUCUACUGCUACAAAAACGAAAUCGUCGAUUUUUAAGACAAGGCGAAUCCCAACGUCGAGUUACUGCCAUGGGACCUCAGAAUGGCGGGAGGCCUGGUGAUAACGAUUCGAACGGUCAUGGCUGGUCCAGCGGCGUGUCUCGAGUGCUGAGCAGCGCCGACCGGUGGUGGGAGAAACGGAAGAAGGCGCACAAGGAGCACGCGGAUGGCAGCCACGGGUACCAGGGCCACCACUCCCAACACCCGAACCACCACCACCACCACCACAGGGCUUCGAGCGAUGAGGAAUCCGACGGUGAGCAUUCGUCCCGGCAUUCGCAUCACAAGAACCGGCACGGACACUCACACCAUGAAUCACACCGCCAUGACCAUAGCCACAGCCAUGGGCAUAACCAUGGACGUAGCCAUAGCCAUGGGCAUCACAGUCACGACGAGGAGCAUCAGCCCGGGAAGCACCAUUGGCAUCAUGACGAGAAAUCCGGCCACCAUCAGCAGCAUCAGCAGCAGCACCAUCACAAGCACAGCAGCCACCACAGCCACAGCCAUGACGCGGACCAUCAGCAUCACAAGCCUCACAAGCACCAUCACCACCACCAUCAGGAGCAUCACCACCAUGAGGAUCACAAGCAUCAUAAGCGGCAUCAGCACGGGGAAGACAGCCUGGACCACCAUCUCUCCCAUCACCAUCACCAUCGCCAUCGCCAGCACCACAACCACCCGCACGGCCACCACCACAAGCCCCACAGGGACCAGCGGCGGCCUGCCGACGCCCACCUCCCGCGGUCGAUCCCCAGAAUCCCUCCCGGCCCGUUAGCAGACUUCGCCUUCUGGGUUCGGCGAACCUUUUUGUCGAAAGACGCCUACGAGCCGGAGCAACCCCCCCCGUACAGCAUCAAUCUGACGAAGGACCAGGCGGUCAUGCUGCUCAACGUGCUCGCCUUCGGUUACGCCGCCACCGCCGUCACUGUCAAGCUCAUGCAGGAGUUGCACGG